AUGAACCGAAAUCGCAAGAAAAUUUCUCAAAAAAAAAUUACUCCACUUACCUCUCCUCGCCCCUUAGGCUCCUCAGCUCGAAUUUCUACCAAAGGCUACUCAGAAAGCUACCGUGAAAUUUGUUCAGAAAUUCACGUCAUGCCAAGCAGCCGCAUUACUUCAAAUUUACGAAAUUGUGAACUUAAAUUAAACGUUGACGACUUAAAAAAUUCAGAUUUAAAAUCAAUUCAAGCAUCUCUCCCUGCAUUUCACCUUUUGAAAAGAAUUUAUGUGUGAGGCCAAAACUUUUCUGAUUUAAUUUCAAAUGACGAUUUUUAUUAUUCGCAUUCACGGUCACUUGCUCCUUCAGCUACAGAGCCAUUUCUCAAGGUAAAAUCGCCGAAGAAAUUUUAUUUAGUGCCAAAUCCUCAUGAUAAAUCUGAUUCAGAAAUACAUAUAGAUCCAGGGACGAUAUGCAAUAGUAGAAAUAGAAGUUUUAAUGCGAAAAUAUUGAAAUCUUUGUCGCUGAAUAUGAUAAAUAAUACAGUUAUGACAGAUAUAAAGCUGAUUGGGCUAAAAAUAGGCAAAGAAGGAUGGCAUUUUUUAGCGGAAGGUUUAGAUGGGCAGUCGCCUAUAGUAAAUCUUCAAAUAAAUUUCUGCAAACUUAAAGAUGAAGAUUUAUACUUAUUUAUAGUAAAUUAUGCAUUUUUAUUAAUAAUUAUUUUUUUGAAAAAUUCAGUAUUCAGUCUCUUUAAAUAAGCAUAAGUGUCCUAAUACCACCAUUAAUGAAAAAUCAAACAAUAAAAAAUCUGGAUUUAUCUAGCAACGAGCUUGAAGAAAGCUGUGGAUACGAAAUAGGAAGAAUUAUUAAUAUGCAAAGAGAAAGAAGAGAUCACGAUAUGUGAAUAGCUGGGCUGAGAGGAAAUCAAAUAGAAAAUCUAAGCAAAGAAGGCUUAGAAGAGCUUAAUCUAAGCAACAACAAGCUUAAAGAUAAAGCUGUCUACGACCUCUGCCACACAUUUUACCAUGAUAGCGCAUUAAGAUCCCUGGAUUUAAAAAAAAAUAAAAUUACUUUUGAAGGAAUUAAAGAAAUUGUCAGUCUUUUGUAUUCAAAUUCAACACUAUUAUUUUUAGAUAUAAGAGAAAACGUUAAUGAUGAACAAACAGGGGUUAUAAUUAAAUAUGGCGUCUCAGCGUUUUGCAGUCGGCUACGCCGACUUCCUUGGAACACACAUUUAAUUAUAUCCGGCAAGAUUUUGCCGCCCUAGAAAUGGGCAGCAAUGCUAGGCAAAUAAUUCUUGACGUAGCAGAGCCUAGCCCAAGUCCGCAUUCAAGGAUGGAUUUUCACCACAGAAUUUGGAACAAACAGGGAUUUUAAAAGCUAUCAUUUCUAAACUCAGGAAAAAUUUUUCAUCUUAUAGACGUGAAAAUGCAAGUGAGGAAAAAAUGAGCUGGGAAAUAAAGGAUUUUAGCUUAUAUUUCAAAACAAGGCAGAAUUAAUAUUUAUUUAUAUAGAAAAUAAGGAAUAAAGUUUUAUAAAAUGGAACUUUAAGCUAGAAUAGCAUAAAAUUAAUGUAUAUGCCUGGUCAACACAUCACGAUAGGCUUUUGAUCCUGACACAAGACGACAAGACCGAAAAUUCAAAGUAGGCUCACACUUCUGGAAGCAAUAUGUGCCUGCUAAAGGCAAGGUCGCCCAGAAGUCGACACAUUGGGCGCUUCCCCUACUUUGAACACUAUCAAGGGUUUACGGAGUAGCUAGACCCAAAUAUGCUCGGGUGAGUCUCUGCAAGAGACUUGUUGAGUCGAAAUUUUGCUGACAUCGACAAAAAAGACCUAGUGUGACACCGGCUCUUAGGACAACCUCGAGCCUCAACCCGGCUAGGACGGAGAGAAGCUGAAAUAAUUCCCAGAGACCCAUAAGAUAUAACUAAUCUAAUCUUCAACAAUCCGUAGACCCAAUUUUUAUAAGUGAGCCUAAUAGCCCAAAAAAUGAAAAGCCUUCUAAAAAGGUGAAUUUCAGAAAAGACUCCUCAGAUUCUGAUGAAUAUAAAAGCGACGCUCUUAUAAACAAAUAUAAUAUCCAGCCAGAAGAGGAAGAAGAAUCAAAAAACGAAAGCGAAAGUGACAGCGAAAGCGAAGACUACAUCAAGCCAAGACAAGGACUAGGGAGUGAGCACCCUCCCCUACAAGAGCAAAGAGAAAAAAUUCACAGUGAGUGCUCACAGUGCCUAGAAUACGAAAGAGCAUUAUUUAAAGCUGAAAGCAACUGUGUCACUUUAAACCUAGAAAACGCCAAUUUAAAAAAACAAAUAGAUAUUUUGACUAAAAACGAAAGAAACCAGCAGUCAUGGUCGAAUUCCGCUAUAAGCAGAGUAGAAGGACAAGUUUAUAUUCCUCAGCCUGAAAGUAUUUCAGUUACUAAUGCGAGUGUAAGAAAUAUUUAGAAACAUGCUCAAGGAGGGACUGGGGAUGACCGUGGAGUCUUGCAGAGAAUUGAAGCUAUGAUGUCAGAAUUAACAAGGCUAAUGGACGUUUUAGAAGUUUCAAAUAGACCUGGAAAUGCACAGAGUUCUAUGCUCUAA